AAGAAGAAGAAGUCGAGAGAGAGGCGAGGCGAGGGGAGGAGGAGAGGAGUGGGGAGCAGAGAGAGAGGCGAGCGAGAGUGGAGGGCCGGGCCGAGGGGCGGGAGGGCGAGCGCAGAGAGGCGAGGGAGGAGGACAGGAAAGGCGAGGCGGGGCAGGGCGGGUCAGGGCAGGGCAGGGGCAAGGAAGAGAGCAAGGGGAUUGCGUUACAUAAAUUAAAGGUAUAUAGCCAGAAAUUGGCCGAGCGGGGAUUAAGUAUCGGGGUGAUCGAGGGCUCUUAGGGAUUGAGGUGGAGGUCGUAAACUGGAUCCUGGCUUAUUUACCUCGGAUCUUCGUGGCUCUUUGUCGGUAGACGGCCGGAGAAGGCGAAAGGCAGGCGAGAGGGCGCAGCGAAGGGAAAUAUUAGCGGAUCUUGCUUUUGUGGUGCUGAGAGGGGAGGUUUCAUGACGGGGAUUGAAGGCGUGUAGGCUUUCCUUUCUACAUGGUUGCAUUGCAAUCGUUUCCUGCGAGAAGGAGAGAGGACUAGACAGGCAGAUUCGAGUCGAGGAGGAGGAGGAGGAGCUUGUGUGGACUUUUGUAACGUACGGGAGGUGAAAGUGUAGUUUUCAUGUACUCUGAAUCGAUACUAGGCCAUAGGCGUGCCCGUACGCCUGUACAGGAUCGAGAGAGGAGGCCCUACUAGCGUUCGAUAUACAGAAGAAUUUCAUCAGCAUAUCCCUAACGAAGUUGAUUGCGGAAAGAGUGACUUGCCCGAAACUGCUGCCAGUUCCAGCGCUCAGCACACAGGUCGGCCUCGGUUGCGUUGGUCGCGACUGGCGGGCUCUGGCAUCGAGGGAAUAGAAUUGUAGUGUACCGAAAAUCAAUGAGGUUUGCCUCAGCAGCGUCAAGCGGGUUGCUUUUUUUUCAAAGGUACAUGAUGUAAAAAGCUAUUAUCGAUGGUGAGGAAGAAGAAUCAGCGCCGAUGUAGAUAGACAAAAUCAGCAUGGUGAGGAAGAGAUUGCGGGACGAGGAGGGAGGGGAAUAUGAGGCUUAUUCUGGAGGUAUGAGAUGAGGGAUGCUUGAGUGGGUCAUGAAGAUGGUGAUGGCGUGCUGGCGGCCCGUUGAGCGCUAUGCACAUAUGGGAACGCAGGUGGCGGAUCGCCAGGAUUCGCUUCUUUGGUACAGAGAUUUGUGUACGCAUGCCGCAGGCGAGUUCUCGAUCGCCGUGGUUCAAGCCAAUGCACUUCUAGAGGAUCAAAGCCAAGUAGAGACCGGCCCCUAUGGCACUUUUGUGGGAAUUUACGACGGCCAUGGGGGCCCAGAGGCUUCUUGCUACAUCAACGACCAUUUAUUCCCUAAUGUGAAAAGAUUAGCUCUGGAGCACGGGGGCAUGUCAGAUUACGUAUUAAGGCAAGCCUUCCUAGCUACAGAAGACGGAUUUUUGGGGCUCGUGCAGCGAAAGUGGCAAACAAGUCCACAGAUAGCUGCAGUAGGGUCUUGCUGUCUUGUUGGAGCUAUCAGCGGGCAAACACUGUACGUUGCCAGCCUCGGGGAUUCUCGGGCUGUGCUUGGCAGCUAUGGGAGGAACAAUGGCGCAAUACAGGCCCAACAAAUUUCUAUUGAGCACAAUGCUAGUAUCGAAUCUAUCAGGAAUGAGUUGAUUGCGAAUCAUCCUGAUGAUUCACACAUUGUUAUGCUCAAGCAUGGAGUGUGGCGGGUGAAGGGCAUCAUCCAGGUUUCACGUUCCAUUGGGGAUGUGUAUCUUAAAAAGCCGGAGUACAAUAAAGAACCACUGUUCCAGCGAUUCCGGCUACCUGAGCCUCUGAAGAAACCCGUGUUAACUGCCGAGCCGACAGUCACCUCUCGGGUGCUUCGAGCACAGGAUCAGUUUAUAAUUUUUGCCUCUGAUGGCCUCUGGGAGCAUCUGAGCAAUCAAGAGGCUGUUGAACUCGUGCACGCUCACCCACGCUCGUCCUAUCAUGUGAACCACUGCGACCUGUACUUGCUUAAGGGGAUUGCAAGGAGGUUAAUCAAACAUGCUCUGCAGGUAGCUGCCAAGAAGCGUGAGAUGCGCUACUCUGACCUGAAAAGGAUCGAGAAAGGAAUCCGACGUCAUUUUCAUGAUGACAUCACGGUGGUGGUUGUGUUUCUUGAUCACGAGCUUUUGAGCAGGGAAUCAAAUACUCCUCCAGUGUCCAUUAAAGCUGGGGUAGAUUCUGUGAAUGGGGCCAAUACCCCACGUGACCUAUUUUCCACUGGUGGUGGUGUGACAACAGAUGACGCCCCAAGAAGUUGAUGUAAGGGACAGUGUAAAACCAGAUUUACUGACUUUGCCUUAUUUGUUUCAGAGUUCGUGAUAAUUAUCCUGACAUUCUUUACUUGCGAUAUAACAUGUUCUUGAGAGACCUUUGACCGGCAAUUUUCUUAGUGGGAUCGGAUCUGAUGAAUGUCUGUUGCUGUCGGAAGCCCCAGCAGUACAGUCUCUGCUCCGUCAAGAGUAGAUGGUAGGUGGGCUUGAGAAUUCUGAUGCUUGUAUGUGGGAUAUUGUAUUUCACUGUCUUUUGUAAUUUAGGGCGAUUAAAGUCUUAAUCGUAGAUGAUUAGUCGGUGGCAAAAGUGUCUGAAUGUUGGCUGUCUGCCAAGAGAUAUGGUCUCAGGCUGUGGUUUGUGUACCAGGGCAAACCUCAAUCUCCAUUACUAAGUCAGGAUCCUGCUACCAGUGUGCUGGUGGAGGGAUUGGACCUGUGUUGAACUUUUAUAACUGUAACCAUUCGCACCCCAGAAAAGACUGGGCUUUCUUGAAUAAACAAGGUAUGAAGGUAGCUUGCUAGGUGUCUUGCACAUUCAUCCUGCUGUUAUCAUGUAGGCUAGUUGGAGUGGAUGAUUCAAUCCUCAACCAACCGGCACAGGUUUCUCAAUGGAUAUCCGAUUUGGCUUCUGAGUAUUCGCUGUUGCGGUGACUGUGGGUACAGUAUCGUAAUUUGAUAUUUCCUUGAUCUCACUCGGAAUCCUCUUCUCCAUCCAUUUUCUGCGCAACUCAUCUUUCAAAACCUGUCUCCGACGACUGCACUGCAGUUGUCUUUCAGGCCAGGAGGAUGUCGAGAGUGG